UUUUUUUUUGCGAGAUUUAACGAGAUAUGCGAUGGCGGAAGUCAGUGAAGCUAAAAAAAUUUAGAUCUAAGAUGUUUGUUAUUACUGAUAUGCCAUGGUAGAUCUUUACCGUAUACUAUAGGGACUCUAGAGAUGAAAUGAACAGAUGUCGUAUUAUAUUUAUUAAAGUAAAAUAUGGCAAGUAGGGCCACAAAAAGCCCUUCUCUAAUUCCAUUGCCAGUAAGAACUCCAUCUAGUCCACCUGCAGGUCCACAUGUAACAGCGAUCUUUGUUAAAGAUAUAUCAGAUGAGCAGAAUUCAUCAAAUACACACAGCCCAAAACAGAUAAGGUAUAAAAAAGAAAAUGGUAAUUUAAGCAAUGAUAAACAAGAUCAUCUUCAGUCACCUCAUAAUACAAGUGGAAAGGGAUUUGAAACCUUUCUUAUGACAGGAGAGAUGAUAAUUCGCACCAAUUCUCCAGUCACUCAGAAACAUGCACGUCUUGAGCCUGAAGUUAAAUCAAAGGAAAGUCAUAUUCCAAGACUUGCACAAGGUGAUCAGAAACAACAGCAGCAGCAGAAAGUAUCUAAACCACAGCAGCAAAAUAGUACUAUCACUUCACCUAAACUCACAUCAAAAAUACCAGGACCAGUAAAAAGCCAACAUCAUCCUUCUUCACCAAAUCAGAAUCAUAUACCAUUUGCCUCAGAAAUGGCUCCAACUGUUAGUCAAUGCAAAGAUUUUCCAUUUGUUCAUGCUCCUGUAGCGGAAAUGGAGGAGCUUUCCGAUCUUUCUCAGUCAUCCUGUUCUGAAAGUGAAUUUGGUUUAGGAAAUGGUUCUACCACUGUGCCAUCGAGUCUUCCUGAUUAUCUAGCAUCUUCAUCCUCAGAAAACAUUACUUUAAGGUUGGGUGAAACUGCAGAAACACUAGACAAUAGCAAUAGUAAGCCUUCAGAUGCAUUGUUUUCAGAACCACCUAGUUCAGGAGAUAGUGGAUUUGCUCUUGAUGGUCAUAUUUCUGAGUCAGACCUUCGUUCUAACAAUUAUCAAGUUCUUUCUAAAGAUGAGAAUUUUGUAUCUGAUGAGACGUUAACAGACAAAGAAGACAUAUCAGAAAAUAACUUCAGUGAUGUUGGCAGAAGUGGAAAGAAUGAUAUACAAAGACCAAUAGUUGCUAGCAGCAGUGGUGAAAAGUUUUCAGUGCAUGGUGGUGGGGAGAGACUUUUGGUAAGAACAAGUAAAUCCCAUGAAAAUUAUCUCCAGGCUGGAACAGGCAUUGCACUUGUAAGUAUUGAUAUUGAAGACAAUUUAGCGUAUUCUCUUGACACUUUGACUUACCAUGAUAGUUCUAAUUCCUCUUUGGAUAAUGUAACAUCAGAACCUGUGCAGACUUCUAGAAGUUUAGACAAUUCUCCUGAGAAGAAAAAUGAAAAGUCUACUAUUGAAAGGGAUUUUGUGAUGGAAGAUACAAAGCCUGUUAAGUUAAAACUUGUCAAGCAGAAAGAUGAUGAAAUGUUCAACCACCACAAUAACCAAAUAGACUAUCAAAGGUAUGAAGCUAACAAUUCUGGCAAUUUCUCUUCAGCUCAUCACCAAGCCACACCUUCUUCUCCAUCUCAAAAGUUCAUUGCUUUAGGUCGGUUUAAAGAAGAAGAAAAAUCAGUCGGAGACAAUAUCUUGGAAAAUCAUUGUGGCGAUCCUUUACAGCUUAGUGUUUUAAGUGACGAUUCUGAUUCUGAUAGUCUCUAUCAUCAGCCCAGUAAAGCUGUUGAUAGACCAAGUGCUGAAAGAUUGGCUAAGCGACUGUUCAAUCUAGAAGGGUUUAGAAAAUCUGAUGUUUCAAGGCAUUUAUGUAAAAAAAAUGAUUUCAGCAAUCUUGUGGCAGAGGAGUACUUGAAAUACUUUGAUUUCAAUGAAGAUACUUUAGAUCAGGCAUUAAGAAAGUUUCUCACACAGUUUUCCUUGUAUGGAGAAACUCAGGAAAGAGAAAGAGUUUUAGCACAUUUUUCACGUCGCUUCAUGGAGUGCAAUCCUGGCUCUUUUAAUUCAGAAGAUGCUUGUCAUACUCUAACAUGUGCAAUAAUGCUACUCAAUUCUGAUCUACAUGCCCCAAAUGUGGGGAGAAGGAUGACAUGUCAAGAAUUUAUUGAAAAUUUAGCAGAAUUGAAUGAUGGGGAGAAUUUUUCUAAGGAAGUUCUUAAAGCAAUAUAUCAGGCCAUCAAGAAUGAACCCAUUGAAUGGGCUGUAGAUGAGCUUCCUCCAGAAUUAGAAGGAGUACAGUUGCAAGAUUCAAUGCAGUCUGUUCCAACUCCCUCACCACAGUCUCUGGGUAGUAAUCCAUUCCUUGAGGUUCCAGAUCCUAAUAAAACAACAGAGUACAAAAAAGGUUAUGUUAUGCGGAAAUGCUGUGUGGAACCAGAUAGAAGAAGAACACCUUUUGGGAAAAGAGGAUGGAAAAUGCUUUAUGCUGUCCUAAGAGAUAUGAUUCUUUAUCAAUACAAAGAUGAGCAUCAGAUAAAAAAAGGUCAUUUUGUAGAAAGCUCACAUAACGCAAUUCGUAUUCAUCAUGCAUUAGCUACAAAAGCCACAGAUUAUACAAAAAAGCAGCAUGUCUUUCGAUUACAAACAGCUGAUGGUGCAGAAUAUUUAUUUCAAACAGGAGACAGCAAGGAGUUACAAGAAUGGUUGGAUACUAUUAAUCUGGUGGCAGCUUCAUUAUCUGCUCCGCCACUUCCUGGUGCUGUUGGAUCAAAGGGCAAAUUUCAGCGUCAACUUUUACCAUCCACUUAUACUCGGUUAAAUUUGAGAGAACAAUUACACAGCCAUGAUACAAAAGUCCAAGAACUUGAACAAGAGCUGCAUUUCCACAGAGCAGCAGCUCCAGAGAAAGGGGCUAAAUCUUCUGUCAUUCAAGAUUAUUUAGAUAAAGAGAUAUAUUUAGAAUAUGAGUUAAAAAGGUUCAAAACAUAUAGUUACCUGUUGUUAGGUAAACUAUCAGCAUUUCCUGAGCUGGAACCUUCCUUAGUGGAAACAACUAUUGGGGAGUAUGAAGAGAUGGGGGCAGGGCCAUCCAGAGCCAUGCCAAUGCAAACAGCUAUUGCAAAACAUCAAGGAGGUGUAACCAAGCCUGUCCAGCGGAGCCUCUCUGAUAGUUUCCCUACAGAUUUAGAGGGCACACCAACUUUACGACGAGCUCCAGUCAUCAACACUCUAACAGAAUGCACAAGAAUGUGAAGAGGAAAUAUUUCAUGUUUUAAAAUAUUGUGAUCAAAUCUUUUUAAAAAGUGAACAGAUAUCUUUUUAUGUUUUUAUUUAUUACCAAUACCAGUUUAAUGCAAUACUACUCUUAUUCUACCUUCUAUCCCAUAGUUUUAAAGCAGGGAUGUGAUUCACAAGUAAAAAAAAACAAUCUUAGGUUUUUCUUAAAAUAAAGGUUAUUUCUUUAAAAAUAUUUGUGCUGGUUAAGUAUGGGAGACUGGUAAAGCUUUCUUAAUUUAAAAUAUGUUUUGGCAUUCCUAAAAAAAAAAAAUAAGUAAUAAUAUCAACACUCCAUUUUGUAAUAAUGCAAUCACUUUGAUACCUUAAGAAAUUUUCUUAAAAUUGUUGGAAAGUAAUUACUAAAUUUUGAGAUACUAACAAAAUGGUGCUUUAAAAAAUUUUAAAUGAAUAUGUGUAUGUUAUUCUUUUUUAAUUUAAGGGGAAAAAAAGUAUUUUUCAGUAUGGUGUACUUUUUUUUUUUUUUUUUUAAAUCUGUAUCUUAUUUCUUAUCAUAAAAACAUCAAAACUUUGGCAAUAAGAAAAAUGUUUUGUUAAUUUAAGAAGAGUAGUGAUCUUUUUUUUUUUAUUUCUUGGCAACCACACAAUGUAGGCAUUUAUAAAUACAUAUUUGUUGUUCAUUGAUCUUUAUUGUUUUCUGUUGUUUGAAGAAAAAAAAAUUGUACAUUUAUGCAAGUGUUCCUUUGCAUGGGGUGGGAGAUAUAGUUGGUAAAAAUGUUCUUGUUUAUAUGGGUACAUGCACUUCUAUAAUAAAAAGGGUUUGUAGGGAUAAUUCUUUGUCAUUUUUUUUUUACAUCAAAUACCAGUAUUAGGAGGUCAAAUAAUGUGUAAUAUAAUACUUUUUUUUUUCUUUCAAUUUUGAAAAAAAAAUAUUCUAAAUUGUAUUUGUAAAAUUACUGGUUUUAAAUUAACCAAAUUAUAAAAUUUAUUUUUCACAAUAUUUUUAUUUACCGAACUGGUAUAUUCAAAAAGAUUUCUGUUUUUUUUUUCUUAAAAUUAUAGUGUUUUUGUUUCAAAAGUACCAGUAUGCUUUAACUAUAUCAAAGUUGUUUAAAAAAACUAAAAUUUGUAUUGAACAUAUAAGGGAGAAGAAAUGAAUAAUGAAUGCAAAGGUAUCAAAGAAAAGAAUAUAGGCCUACAACAGUUCUGGGUUCCUAGUUAGUGUACUGUUGCAAUAUUAUGUAGUUUCAUGCUAAAUUAUUAACUUCAAGUGUAGUGGAGAAUUGAGUUUUUAUUGGGGAUGCAAGGAUGUUCCAUCAUGCAGAUAUUGAAGUAGCAGGACAGAUUCAAUUGAUAUCGAGAUAUAGCUAGUACCAAAGCAGUUCAUCUCUGCAAAUAAUUCAGCACUAACUAUCAUAAUAUGAAUAACUGUGUUGAAGAAAGCAGUUCUAUUUAAUAUUUCAUUCACUUAAUUAAUUUUAUAACUACCCGGUAUAACA